GGGUGCCGGGAGCUGUAGUUCCCCCCCAUCCCCUCCCAGCCCGGCCAUGGAGGUGCCGGCGGCCGCGGAGCGCAACAAGGGCCCGAUCCUGGCGGUGCUGCGGGAGUGCGCGGGGCGCGGAGCCCCCGCGGGGGCGGCGCUGCGGGUGCUGGAGGUGGGCGCGGGUGCGGGGCUCCACGCCGCGCACUUCGCCCGCGCCCUCCCGCACACGCGCUGGCAGCCCUCGGACAUCGACCCCUGGGCCCUGCGCAGCAUCUCUGCCUACGUGGAGGCCACGGGGCUGCCCAACCUGCUGCCCCCCAUCGUGGUGGACGUCUCGCAGGGCUGGGAGACGUGGGGGGGCACCCAGCCCGCCUCCCUCGACCUCCUUGUCAGCAUCAACAUGAUGCACAUCGCGGAGCUGCGCUGCACCCAGGGCCUGUUCAAGGGUGCUGGGGUGCUGCUGAAGCCUGGAGGAGUGCUCUUCACCUAUGGGCCCUACGCCGUGGACGGACAGAUCAGCCCCCAGAGCAACGUGGACUUUGACCGCAGCCUGAGGCAGAGGAAUCCCGCCUGGGGCCUGCGGGACACGGCGCUGCUGCGGGAACUGGCCGAGGCCAACGGGCUGCGCCUGGAGAGGAUGGUGGACAUGCCGGCCAACAACAAGAGCCUCAUCUUCCGCAAGCUGUAACUGCCCCGACCUCCAGCACCUCCUGGCACUGCCCCCACUGCUGCCUCCUCGAGGGGUCCCAACGUCCCCCCACAGGCGCCAUCUGGGGCAGCAGUGAUGGGUCAGUGCCACGCCCCAGCUGGGGCUGGCCUGGCUGGGGGGUCCAUCUCCCCCAGUGCCUUCUCCCUUUGCAGCAGAGUGCCACAGCCUGGACCAGAGGAGGACAGGCAUGGGGGGCACAGGUGUGGGAGCGGGGGCACAGCACCCCUGGGUAUGGGGGAGACUUCUUGCUCAGUUUGCUCCUAGGAUGCUGUGCUAAUGGCAGGGGGCCCAUCAUCCUUCCCCCUUUCCCAGGACUGUGCUGUUCCCCCCAAUAAACUUUGUGGUUUUGGCUCCCCCC